AUGGCCACCGGAAGCUGCUUCUGCGGAAAUAUCAAGAUCUCGACGUCGGGCGAGCCAGUUGCCAAGGCCACCUGCCACUGCCUCGACUGCCGCAAGAUCAGCGGGAGCACCUACAGCACCAACCUUGUUGUGCCCGAAGACGGCUUCAAGAUCACGCAGGGGACGCCAAAGAGCAUUAGCAAAACCGGCGAUAGCGGCAACACCAUUACUAGCUACUUCUGCGGCGACUGCGGAACGACCCUGUUCCGUGAAGGCGCCAUCUUCCCCAACAUGAAGAUCCUCAAGGUUGGUGUCCUUGACGACUAUGACGCGCUCAACAAGGCGAAGCCCACGACCGAGCUGUACGUCAAGCACCGUGUGGAGUGGGUGCCGGAAACGCCAGGAGCCCAGCAGAACUAG